GAUAUUUUCAUUUGAUUCCCUACCUUCCAUUCAUCAUAAAUCAUUGCAUGUUUAUUUCAAUGUUAAAAUACAUUAAGCUUCAACACAAAAAUCUCAUUCCUCCACAACCAAAAUGUUCAUCCAAUUCUCCAUCCUCUUUCUCCUCUUCACCACUCCCUUUACAUCUUUAAUCAAAGCAAAACAAGACAAUACCAAUUUCGUACGUUCAUUAGACCUCAAAGAAUUAAAUUUGGAGAAUAAACAAGAGAAGCUAAGCCAUUUAAAAUUCUAUUGGCAUGACAUAGUUAGUGGAAACAACCCUUCUUCAAUACCAAUUGUUCCACCACCUUUGAAAAACUCAACCACUGCUUUUGGUUUAGUUAACAUGAUUGAGAACCCUUUAACCUUAGGACCUCAAUUGAGUUCCAAAUUGGUUGGAAAAGCACAAGGAUUCUAUGCCUCAACAUCACAAAGUGAGGUAGACCUUAUCAUGGCUAUGAAUUUUGCUAUAAUUGAAGGGAAGUACAAUGGUAGCACCAUCACUAUUUUGGGGAGGAAUCCUGUUUCUGAUAAGGUUAGGGAAAUGCCUAUAAUUGGUGGUAGUGGUCUUUUCCGAUUUGCUAGAGGAUAUGCUCAACUUAGAACUCAUUGGUUUUCAUCCAAGACAAAUGAUGCUAUAGUUGAGUAUAAUAUUUAUGUGUUACAUUAUUAAUUGACAUUAUGCUAUGGUACUAUGCAUAGGAGAUAAUUACUUUGUUGUCUAUUGAUUGGUUUUUCUUCUUUUGAGGUUUUAAUAAAUAUUUAUCUAUAUAUGUUUUCA